UCCUGUUCUGAGCGCGAAGGUCCUGUAGCCCCCCCUCGGGAAAACAAAUACACCGGAGCCAGAAAUGCCCCACAGCCCAGCUGCGGACUGCCUAAACGGGCUCACGUGAUGCUUCUCAAACAAUGAACACGGUUAUCAUUUUUUUUGUUCAUAACAAGCAUACAGUAGUCCGUUUCGGGUCGUUUCGUCGUUGGUUAGCUGGCUAAUUGGCUAGCCAUCGAUUGAUGUGUGCUGUGGCUGUCAGCUCAGCGCUGCUUUAUACUGUUUGAUCUGGCCCAGCAUACUGAAAUCAAGGCUGCUGUCCGCGGCUUUUGUGCCUCGGCGUUUUUUCAUUCAGCAAAGAACACUACGAAGCUGGAGCGAAAUAAGAAGAAUGGGUGCGUUCUUAGACAAGCCAAAGAUGGAGAAGCAUAAUGCUCAAGGGGAGGGGAACGGCCUGCGCUAUGGACUCAGCAGCAUGCAGGGCUGGCGUGUGGAGAUGGAGGACGCACACACAGCUGUGAUGGGCCUGCCCCACGGCCUCAGCCUUUGGUCCUUUUUUGCUGUCUAUGAUGGGCACGCAGGCUCUCAGGUUGCCCGAUAUUGUUGUGAGCACCUGCUGGAACACAUAACCAGCAACCGGGACUUCAGGGGAGGCUGCACAGCAAUAGCAGGUGCAGAAUUAGGAGGUUUUGAGCCCUCCGUGGAGAGUGUGAAAUGCGGAAUCCGCACAGGCUUCCUGCAGAUUGACGAGCACAUGCGGGCCAUGUCAGAACGCAAGCAUGGGGCGGACCGCAGCGGUUCCACUGCGGUGGGUGUCAUGAUCUCCCCUCAUCAUUUCUAUUUCAUCAACUGUGGUGACUCCAGGGCCUUGCUGAGCCGCAAGGGACGCGUUCACUUCUUCACCCAGGACCACAAACCCAGUAACCCCCUGGAAAAGGAGCGGAUCCAGAAUGCAGGUGGUUCAGUUAUGAUCCAGCGGGUCAACGGCUCUCUUGCUGUCUCCCGUGCUCUUGGCGACUUCGACUAUAAGUGUGUGCAUGGGAAAAGCCCCACUGAGCAGCUGGUGUCCCCAGAACCAGAAGUGUAUGAGAUUGAACGCUCCGAGGCAGAGGAUGAAUUUGUGGUACUGGCCUGCGAUGGCAUAUGGGACGUAAUGGCCAAUGAUGAACUGUGUGAUUUUGUGCGUGCACGUUUGGAGGUGACAGAUGACCUGGAACGAGUGUGUAAUGAGAUUGUCGACACCUGUUUGUACAAGGGUAGUCGUGACAACAUGAGUGUGGUGCUGGUAUGUUUUCCUGGUGCCCCGAAAAUCAACCCAGAAGCAGUGAAGAGAGAGGCGGAGCUAGAUAAGUACCUGCAGAACAGAGAAGGUGGAGGUUGUAAAAAGGCGAAUAAAUAGAAUCUGACUAAAUGAAAGAGGAAGUUAGAGAAGGCAAGCAUUCUUUCUUAAUUUGGUGAGUUUGUUAGAUGGCAGUUUACACUUGCACAAAUAAGUAUACGUUGCAGUUAACGUAAAGUUUCCAAUUAACGAAUCCCCAUAUUGGAGAGGAAAGACUCGCUGGUACUGUAUUAGCACAGAUAGGACUAUUCAGGAUACAUUUUUCCAGAGUCUGAAGAAAUAAUAACAGUGUGACAGUUAGAGGCCUUUGAUUAUUUAUUGCCAAUAUUGCAAAGCACUUACACAAUUUAGAUAUAGGCCGUAGCUUUACCAGAGGUUUUAUUUUAGUGCAUUCAAGAAUUCCAUGCUCUAGAGCUUACUGUACGUCUGUUGACGUAUUAUUAUUAGCUACUAAUUUAUGGUAAGUGCAAUUGUAGAUUAGGACAAUGGAAUGCCGAAAACCCAACACUUGGUUCUGCACUUUUUCAUUAAAAGCUGCUAUACUUAGAGGCAUCUUUUAUUAAUAAAAAUAUAGAGACAAAAUUUGAGAUCUCAGUUACAAUACAAAAUGUUUGUGUUCAAACAGAAUGGAUACAAAGUGUAGUGUAGCAUUCCAUUUGUGUAAAUUUGUCCUCAUUGGCUUCGGAUAGUUGAAAUAGCUGAAAUAUUCAUCCACUCAUACAGCAUGUGUUUAAGGGUGUGUUCACACUUGUAGUUCGGUUCUCUUGGUCCGGACCAAAAAAGAAAAUGAUACAUUUAGUCCUGGUUCGCUUAGCGUUCUCACUACCAUUUUUAACACUGAACCUAACGGUACAACACAAAAGGCAACAGGAAAAGUCACAACCUGAUUGGACAGCUUUUAUGAAGUAUAUUUUGUGACGGAACUUGUCGAACAUCCAAAACAAUGCUGGCUGCUGGGCGAAAUGCACUCAUUAGAUUUAUAUAUGUAUAUAUGGUGGUAUUUUUACCAGCUGAGAACAAAUGAAGAGCUAAUAAAAUGUGUAAAAGAGUCAAAACAGCGGCAGGAAUUCCUCCGUUGCACACACAAAUGAAGAUAUGCUGCAAGGACGGCUGACGGCGGUUCCGACCCCUGUACCGAACUGUAAUGGGCAACAUAGCUCCAGUGAAGAGAAGAACCAGGUAUGCUUGAGGUCAGUAUUAGGCAAAUUACUUCCUGUUUUUGGUCCGUUUAGACGUCUUUGGUCCAUGUUGCAUUCAUAUAUCAAUUGAACCGCACCAGAGUUUGUUUGGAAGCGGACCGAGACCCACUAUUCAGGCGGUCUUUGUCCGCUUGUUUGGUGCGCACCAAGGUUCGGGUGGCAGCGUUCACACUUGUUCAAAUGAACCGCACUAACAGAGCAAUCGCACCAGAGUUCGUUUUAAUCGAACCAAACCUGCCAAGUGUGAACACACCCAAAGUCUGACACCUGUUUCAUUUGCACCUUUCUGUAAUGUUGCAGUCGUUAUAAAUGAGCAUGUUUGUCAGGGCUCCACUGCUGAUUACAUGAAAUUGUAGCUGAAACUAUGUUUACUCUACACGGCAUGCAGAUUUGUGUCUGUGGCAUUAGCUGUUGCCAUGAGGAUUUUAUUCUGCAUGAUUCCUGUUCUGUAACUGUAAAAUGGAACAUUGUUGACUUAGUCCUAAUUUACAGUGACUACCUUGAUUAGAAUUGAUAGGUUAGAAUUAGCACCCACCCCAAUUGCUUGGAAGAGUAAAUUUAAAUCCAAUGGAGACUUGGUACUCAAGCAUGCACCGUACCGAUAGCACGAUAAGUUGUGUACACCUCCUGCAUGUACGCUACAUUAAGAAAAAACAGGGAUAGCUCCUAAUCAGAGUUAACUUGUGUUAAGUUAGUCUGACAGACGUUUUAUACUCUGUCGAUAAUUUGCACAGUGUACAUUUCUAACCCCUGCGGAAUAGCUUUCGUCUGAACUGAACACAGUAUCUGAAAAAUUGUGUUGAUGUUUCUCAAUGCUCUCCGAGUUGUUUACUAUUUGUUGCCUCAAACUGACAUUUUGUCAAUCCUCUGGUUUGUGUAUAUAACUAGAGAAAAAUAAACUAAGUUAGGAAAUUCUUGGCACAUAGAGUGAGAUCCAAUCGGUCAGCACUUUUUAUGAGAUUUAGAACUUUGUCACUACAAUGAUGUAACAUUGAUGGUACAUUGUACCUCAUGUUAUGACUUUUAAAACCUAACAUGGAUCAUACCAUCUCGUAAUAAUUUUUAAAGGGAUAGUGCACCCCAAAAUAAAAAUUCUCACCAUUUAUUCACUCUCUUGCCAUCCCAGAUGUGUUUGACUUUCUUUCUUCUGCAGAACACAAAUUAAGAUUUUUAGAAGAAUAUCUCAGCUCUGUAGGUCCAUACAAUGCACGUGAACGAUGACCAAAAUUUGGAAGCUCCAAAAAGCACAUAAAGAGAGCAUAAAAGCAAUCCAUAGGACUCCAGUGGUUUAAUCCAUGUCAUCUUAAGCUAUCUAAUUGGUUUUGUGUGAGAACAGACAAAAUGCAGUCUCUAGGCAUAAUCAUGAUUUCAAGCUCUAGAUGGCUAGGAAGUGUAAUCAAGAUUGAACUCAUGAUCGCCAAGAUUUACAGUUAAAAAAAUAAAAAGAGUUCUGUUCUCAUCCAAAAUUGAUUGGAUCGCUUAAGAGGACAUGGAUUAAAACACUCAAGAUUUAUAGAUUACCAUGCGGCUUUUGUGCUUUUUGGAGCUUCAAAAUUUUGGUCACUAUUCACUUGCAUUGUAUGGACCUACAGAGCUGAGAUAUUCUUCUAAAAACCUUUUAUUGUGUUCAGCAGAAGAAAGUCAUACACCUCUGGGAUGGCAUGAGGGUGAGUUAAUGAUAAGAACAUUUUCAUUUUUGGGUGAACUAUUCCUUAAGAGACUGCGAAAUCGUAAGAUAUUUUACAUCUUGGCUUGUAUGACUUUUAUUCCCAUAGAAACCAACCAGUCAACAAACAGAAUUUGGAAUCGAUACAAUACAGGCAACACAUUUUAGCUAGUUUCCCACCAAACACUAUUUUAAGAAAGGAAACAUCAAUUAAUAAAUUUGGUUACUCAUUCCAUAUUUAUUUAUGCAAUACAAAAGACUGAUGUAUAUCAUUAAUGUAAUACGCUUCCCUCGUUACAAACCCCAGUGUUUUUUUUUUUUUUUUUGGUUUUUUGGUGUUACACAAGUUAUUUAUAUAUCCUGUUAAAAUCAUUGUUAGGUCAGGGAGUAUUUAGCAGAGACGGGACACUUCUAUUAAAAUGAAUGAGAGAAUUUGGAACGCCCAACCGUCAAUGGAUGUAGAAAGGAAAGUCCCGCCUUACAGGUAAAAGAGCCAGUCACCUUUUAGAUAGACAUCACCUGUCAAUCAACUCGAGAAUGCACAUGCGCAUUGGUUAGAUUAGCUGGGAAUUUCUUUUUUUUUUUUUUUUUUUUUUUAAGCAUAAUCUGAGGUAAAGAAGCACAUUUUAUGAUUCCAGUGUUGUCAGAUUUUACUGCUGAUUUGAAAUAUGUUCUUUGAUCAUAAUCUUGACCAACCGUUUUGCUCUUUCCCCAUUCAAGUAGAUAGGAGCUGCUCUUGAAUGCCGCUUGUUUACAUAACAAAUAACUGCCCAAAAGCAUUCCAAAUAUGGCCACCAGUGGAAUGAAAAGAAAGACUUUGGUUAGAGUUAGGGUUUGGGUGAGUGAUUGGACUUUAUGGUUACUUUUAAAUUUGGGUUAGGAAAAAAAAUCUCAAUAGCAUAGAUCAUUGGUUUGUUUUUUUUCUCGAUGGGAGUGAAAGUCAUCUCUUUUUGUACAAGCCAACUUUUGCUUGUACGAUUUUGUUGCAUUGUACUAAUUUCAACGACUUAUCAUGAGACUGGAGUGGUAAAUCCUGACAAGUUUUAGCAAAGCUUCCGUAUCUAAGAUCAUGAAAACUUUAUUUUUAUUUUUUUCUUCUUUCAGUUUCCUUGAUUUUCAUAUUUUUGGGCCCCUUGGACUUAAUUUGUAAUGCAAGAAUAGAAACUGAUGGAUUUGCCUGCACAAUUUGCCCUUUUAUCUAAAAUUUCCCUUUCAGUCAAAUUCUCCAACAAGUUCUUAGCAUAUCUAUGUAUUUUGCCAGAAGAUAUAUUUUAGCUUUAAAGGGAUAGUUUACCCAAAAAUGAAAAUUCUCUCAUUAUUUACUAUGCAAGUGAAUGGUGACCAGACAUUUGUAGCUCCAAAAAUCACAUAAA